GUCAGUCUGAGGCUGCGGCUGCGGAGAAGCUUAUCGCGGAGACACCGCAAAGAUGCUGUCCGUGCGCGUCGCUGCGGCCGUGGCCCGCACCCUCCCUCGGCGGGCGGGGCUGGUCUCCAGAAAUGCUUUGGGUUCAUCUUUCAUUGCUGCAAGGAACCUCCAUGCCUCUCACACUCAUCUUCAGAAGACUGGCACUGCCGAGAUGUCAUCUAUUCUUGAAGAGCGUAUUCUUGGAGCUGAUACCUCUGUUGACCUUGAAGAGACUGGGCGUGUCUUAAGUAUUGGUGAUGGUAUUGCCCGAGUACAUGGGCUGAGGAAUGUUCAAGCAGAAGAAAUGGUAGAAUUUUCUUCAGGCUUAAAGGGUAUGUCUCUGAACUUGGAACCUGACAAUGUUGGUGUUGUCGUGUUUGGAAAUGAUAAGCUAAUUAAGGAAGGAGAUAUUGUGAAGAGGACAGGAGCCAUUGUGGAUGUUCCAAUCUUCUUGGAAACAGAAUUGUUCUACAAGGGUAUCCGCCCUGCCAUUAAUGUUGGUUUGUCUGUGUCUCGUGUCGGAUCUGCUGCCCAAACCAGGGCAAUGAAGCAGGUGGCAGGUACCAUGAAGCUGGAAUUGGCUCAGUAUCGUGAGGUUGCUGCUUUUGCCCAGUUUGGUUCUGACCUUGAUGCUGGAGCAACUCAUUUUGUAUUCUUUUGUUUCUUUUCAGCUCCAAUGGCUAUUGAAGAACAAGUGGCUGUGAUCUAUGCAGGCGUAAGAGGGUAUCUUGAUAAACUGGAGCCCAGCAAGAUCACAAAGUUUGAGAAUGCUUUCUUGUCUCAUGUUAUCAGCCAACACCAAGCACUGUUGGGUACUAUCAGGGCUGAUGGAAAGAUCUCAGAAGAGUCAGAUGCAAAGCUGAAAGAGAUUGUAACAAACUUCUUGGCUGGAUUUGAAGCAUAAAUUGCUAUGGAUUUACAUCAGCUACCGAUUUGGUUUUGUCAUUGUUUCUUCUGGUAAAUCAUUUUCAUUUGUAAAAGUAUUGUACUCCCAUUGUACAGAAAUCACGUUAAAAAUAAAGGUUCCAUGUUUGUG